AUGAUGCAGGUGAAAUAUUCAGCCCCAUAUAAUUUAGGCAAACAAGGAAAUUCUUCUGAAAUGAUGCAGCUGACAAGGGGAUUGGAUCCAAAGAGGGCUCUAAUCACAUUUCGAUCACCCAUUAUACACAAGCAUUUGCCUUUGGUAAGCGCAACAAACCCGUUUUACCGCUCAAUUUCAAAUGCAGAUAUUUAUACAAAAGCCCAAAUCAAAUAUUCUUGUAGUUUGCAAGACAGAUGGUACCUUCGAAGACCAUUUUCAUCAAAAUCCUCUCAAGUCAGUAGGAAAGAAACAAGUAAUAUUGCUAAACUUGAGGACUGUGAAUUGAUUUGCAAGGUUGUAAACCAAACAGAAUGGUCUGAUAAAAUUGAAACUGAAUUGAGCUCUCUAAAUAUUAAGCUCUCUAAUUAUAUUGUAUUGUCUGUACUGCAAAACCUUAAAGAAACCCCAGGAAAAGCGUUCAAUUUUUUCAAGUGGGUAUCCACUCAAACUGAUUUCUGGCACACUACUAGCACUUACAAUGCAUUGUUUACGAUUUUAGGGCAGGAACAAUGCAUUGAUCAAUUUUCGAGAGAAUUUUCCCGUUUGUUAAGAGAAAUGUAUGAUUUUGACCACGUGUUGUCGAAGAAAACAUAUCACAAACUCCUCAGAACGCUCCUUGAUAAUAGUACGGAGGAUAAUAGUCUGGAGGAGCAUGCUGUGAGUUUGUUUAUUAACACGGUGUCUAUGUAUGAGUAUGAGCCUUGUAGCCUGGGCUGGAGGAUGAUUCUGCACCAUCUCUUGUUGUCUGGUAAUCCUGAUAUGCAGUUGGUUGAUAGACUAUUAUUCGCUGUUGAGAGUUGGGAUGAAAUAGUAGACAAGGAAUCAUAUGAUGCUAUUCAUCGGUGUCUAACGAUGGCUAGUAGAUUUGAUGCGGCUGAAGGAAUUAUGAUGUUUAGGGAGGCUUCCGGUCAUGCGGCAGAUAACAAUACUUUCGGUCAACUUAUGUUUGGGCUCUGCAAGGCUGGGACCGUGGAUGAGGCUCGUGGAGUCUUGGAUCGGAUGAAAGAGGUGGGGUGCACUCCUAAUUUCAACACCUGGAAUAUUUUGAUUGAGGGGCAUUGCAAGGCCGGGCAGAUAAAUCAGUUGCUCGGUUAUGUUGAGUUCAUGGUACUGGAAAGUGGUGGCAAUGCCGACUGUGAAGGUCUGGACGCUUUAGUCAAGACUCUCUGUAGUCAUAACAGAAUAGAGGAUGCCCACAUUUUUCUAUGUAAAAUGGCGAGUAAUGAAGGCUUGAAGGCCUGGGCACUGGACACAUUGGAGAAGUUGCUGCAGAAAAUGAUAAAUGCAGAGAGUUUGCAAGAUGCCUUUAAACUGUCAGAUCUCAUUGUGAGGCAUGGUUUGCCAGCUAUCGUAAAACCUUUCAAUAAUCAUUUUGCUCGGUGUGGGGCAGUGGAGGGGUCUCUAGAUUUCCUGAACAAGCUGACCAGAAACGUCCCUCAGUAUGAGUCUCUUAAAUUAUACAAUCAAAUGCUUCAUGCAUUUUGUAAAAAAGGUAAAAAGGCUGAAGCUCAGAUAUUAUUUUCCAGUUCCCCUCCUCAUGUUCAGCAGAAUCCUUAUCUUUUAUUCAAGUUUCGUUCUAGAGAUACUCCAAGUGCAGCUCAGAAGACGAGAAAGACAAAAAUCCAAAAUUCGGUUGGAAAAAGUGCAGCUCACAAGACGAGAAAGACAAAAAUCCAGAAUUUAGUUGGAAAAAGUGCAGCUCAGAAGACGAGAAAGACAAAAAUCCAAAAUUUGGUUGGAAAAUAA